AUGACCCCUACCCGGACUGCGGGUACGGGUUACCCCAAGGAUGGGGUCAGGGUAUUACCCCUACCCCCGGAUCCAACGGGUUUUGCAACAAGCAAGCUGAAACACAACCAGCAAGCCAGAGAUUACAAGAACCACAAGCAGGAAGCUAGAGAUGACAAAGGACAUGUCAAGGAGGAUCUAGACGACGAGAAACAUGACCAGGAAGCUGGAGACGAAGAGAAACGCGAGCAGGAGGUUGGAGACGACGACGAACUCGGCCAGGACGCUGAAGCCCGAGACGACGAGAAACGUGAGCAGGAGGUUGGAGACGAUGAUGAACUCGGCUAG